GCAAGCACCUGGUGUGGGGUGCGGAGGAGGAGGCUGUGGCGGCCAAGAGCCAGCGGAGGAGCAGAGCGCACGGGCCGCCCGCCACCGGCCACUAGGGGAGGGGGACGGAAAGGAGGGAAGGACGGACCAACGGACUUGAGGGCCGGACUAGCUCCCACGAGGACCGGCUCGGGACUACCAUCCUCCCCGCAGCCUCCUCCUGCUGCAAGCAGGGCCCUGGGGACGUGUCAGCGCCUCUGUCCCCCGUGCCUGGCUGCAGUCCUGGGCUGCCUCUGGCCUCCUCCCUCGAGCAGGGGGAGGGACCGCUCUUGCCCCCGUUCUCCCCGCCCCGUCUCCACCCUCCCCUCCGCAGCCAGCUCUGCUGCCGUGCUGGGCUCGAGCGGGCGGCGCUGACCCGGGAAGGGGCGCCCUCCGCUUGGAGACAGUCCGGUGCGGGCAGAGGCAGUGCCGGGCUUCUGGGCCGCCUGGGUCGCCGCUGCGCUGCUGAGCGGGAGCUGGAGGCCGAAGGAGGCGGGCGGUGAUGGAAGUGUGAGGAGGCGGCGGGCCCGGGGACUGUAAGGCGGCGCGAGGCGGCGGAGCGUGAGGGGCUAGGAGCUGGGGUGGGGGCGCUGGAGCAGCGGCUCUCCCUCGGCUUCGAGCCCCACUCUUCUGCCCCCAACGCGGAAUUAGCCUCCUGCCUCGACUCGGGCGGGCUCCCAUCGACACUUCAGCUCCGUCCUCCACCUCUCUGCCCGCCCAGGAGCUGGGGGCAGGGUGCCGGGGGCAGCGUGGGGCUUGGCUCUCUGAUUCAUUCAUUCUCCACCGACGGGAGCCUCGGACCUGCUGUGCUCUGGAGAGGAGGGAAGAGUGGGCAGCAGUGAAUGAAGGGCCGGGUGGAAUCCGGGCUCCAUUGUGCUCGGCAGCGGGAGGCGGGAAGGGGCUGAGGGAGGUGGGAUCGGCCCCCUCCCCCUGCUCUCCGGCGUGCGCUGCGCCCCCAGCCUGCUGCCAGCCUGGAAAUGGCUCCGUUUAUUCUCCUCCGGAGAAUGAAUCGAUUCUGCCCAGCCUUGUCUUCCUCCUCCCCACCUCUUCUCUGCUCCGAGUCUUAGGAGGCGAAAACAUUCAAAAGACAGAUUCCUAUGUGGAGUGCUGUGCACGUUGCGAGCUGCCAGGUUUGCACUUCGAGGAGAUUUUUUUUCUAUAUAGCUUUUUCUAAUGUGAGUGCAGGGAAGCGGUGACAUUACUGCUUUAGGAUUUUUAUUUUCUCGUACGACUCUAUAAAGUGCACGUCUCAUUGGGUUGCACGCUCCACCCCCAGGACCUGGUGUGGUAGAGAAAUUUGAACCCGCAGCCUUAGUAGCACCGGAAAGACCGAGUUACCUGGCUCUCCGUGAGCGGAGAAGAGCGAAAUGACCACCGAACUCGUUUUUUAUAGGACUCGGUGAAGCUGGAUUCUGCGUUUUCCGACGCGUAGACUCAUUCUGUGGAAUAGAGUUAACCGCUGUCUCCUCCGCGCAGCAUUUUAACUCUAAUAAUCAAAUGCCACCUCUGUUCGAACGUUUUGGUAUUUACGAGAGAGAGAUCAUUUUACAUAAGGGAACUCAUUGAAUUGUCAGCAUUACUGAAAUACCUCCAAAAAAGGACCUCGGGGGGUGGAAAAGCAACUGCGAAAUAGACGGAGAAAUUCCUCUGGAAGUUAUUCCGUAGCAUAACAGCAAAAACUUCAAAGCAAGUUUUCAUUGGGCAAAAUGGGGGAACAACCCAUCUUCAGCACUCGUGCUCACGUCUUCCAGAUUGACCCAAACACGAAGAAGAACUGGGUACCCACCAGCAAGCAUGCAGUGACUGUGUCUUACUUUUAUGACAGCACAAGAAAUGUGUAUAGGAUAAUCAGUUUAGAUGGCUCAAAGGCAAUAAUCAAUAGCACUAUCACCCCAAAUAUGACAUUUACUAAAACAUCUCAGAAGUUUGGCCAGUGGGCCGAUAGCCGGGCAAACACUGUUUAUGGACUGGGCUUCUCCUCUGAGCACCAUCUUUCAAAAUUUGCAGAAAAGUUUCAGGAAUUUAAAGAAGCUGCUCGACUCGCAAAGGAGAAAUCACAAGAAAAGAUGGAACUUACCAGUACACCGUCACAGGAAUCAGCAGGCGGAGACCUUCAGUCCCCUCUAACACCGGAAAGUAUCAACGGAACAGACGAUGAAAGGACACCUGAUGUGGCACAGAACUCAGAGUCAAGGGCUGAACCAACUCAGAAUGCAUUGCCAUUUUCACAUAGUUCAGCAAUCAGCAAACAUUGGGAGGCUGAACUGGCUACCCUCAAAGGAAAUAAUGCCAAACUCACGGCAGCCCUGCUGGAGUCCACUGCCAACGUGAAGCAAUGGAAACAGCAACUGGCUGCGUAUCAGGAGGAAGCAGAGCGUCUGCACAAGCGGGUGACUGAGCUUGAAUGUGUUAGUAGCCAAGCCAAUGCCGUGCAUACCCAGAAGACAGAACUAAACCAGACAAUACAGGAACUGGAAGAGACACUGAAAGUGAAGGAAGAGGAAAUAGAAAGAUUAAAACAGGAAAUCGAUAAUGCCAGAGAACUCCAGGAACAGAGAGACUCCUUGACGCAGAAACUACAGGAAGUAGAAAUUCGGAACAAAGACCUGGAGGGACAACUGUCUGACUUAGAGCAACGUCUGGAGAAAAGUCAGAAUGAACAAGAAGCUUUUCGCAAUAAUCUGAAGACACUCUUAGAAAUUCUUGAUGGAAAAAUAUUUGAACUAACAGAAUUACGUGAUAACUUGGCCAAGCUACUAGAAUGCAGCUAAGGAAAGUGAAAUUUCAGUGCCAAUUGAUUAAAAAAUACACUGUCUUUCUUCAUAGGACUGUUUGGGCUCUGCAUCAAGAUUGCACAAAAAAUUUAAAUACCGCCCCUCCAUGAGGAGGAUUUUUUGAAAAUUGGAAUUGUAUAUUUCAGUGUAAAUUUUAGAAUUCAGCUUGUAGCUAGUUGGGGAAAAAAAGAGAUGAAACACUUGAACUACAAAUUACCUCCAUGUAAAUUAUUGGCCAUAGUUAACUGGAAAGUUAUAAAUAGACACUUAAUGCAAUCCUUUUUUUCUGAUAUUAGCCAAUGGGAAAUUAACAAUGUCUGGGUCACAUUAAUUUAUUCAUGAUAUCUAAAGCUGUGUUUUGUGCAAAAACUUAGUGAUGAAAGCCUUGUCUUUUGUUAUAAUCUGAAUAAUUUCUCAGGAUAUUUUUGCAUUGUUGAGAAGCAGUGCCGUUACCAAUUAAUUCUUGCCAGGAGUGAGAGAGAGCUGCAUCUUUAAUUGAAACAUGCUUACGAUAACUGGGUGUGUAGAGUUCUUCCCUUUUUUUUAUACUGGAAGACACUUCACUCUGGUGACCACUCCGGUACACUCUGGUGUUCUCUAAUCUUUUCCACUGUAUAGUUUCUUUUCUGUAUUGAUUCCAUGUAAUUAUGAGAAGAUAUUGUCUCCCAUUUUAUUACACGUUUUAAAGCCAACUAACAAAGGCAGCUGUGUCCCUCAGAAGUUUUUCUUUUUAAAUUUCUAAUAAAUUUGACAGUACUGAAAUACUGCAGCCCGUCACUGGCGGUCUGGUCUAGCAAUGUUAUGUAUAUUUACAGAAUAUGCAGUUACCUUUAUUUAUAUAUUUUGCAAGAAAUCUUUUCUGAAUGAUCAAUGCAUUUCAAUUUACAAAUAAUUAUGGUUAUUGGGGAACUGUUUAUUCUGGAUCACUUCAAGGUGUACAGCUGUUUUAAAGGGGAUCCAUUUCCAUCAAAAAGCGGAUCAGAGGACUGUGGGGAUUGAGCCGUGCACGCCUGACCUUCACAGCAGCCACAUCUCUAGUCAAACCUCGCAAGGCAAUAUUCUGAACUGUUAACUAGGCAUUUCACAACAGGAAUUCAACUCAAUAGGCUCUUCUCAGUGAACAGAUUUUAAUGUCGUUUUGAUGUCAUUUUAAAAGACUUUUAGCAAAGAUGCAUUUCUUUCUAUAUUUCUUUUAAGAGGCUAUUUUAAAAGCAAGCCCAGUGCGGUGGGGUCUGCGUAGGGCGUGGGAACCGCACCGGAGUCCGUCUGUGCCUGCCCCCCAGGCUUGUGUGUGGGGGCGGGGCUUCAAGGCGCGUGCUCGGGCGUCCGAUCCAAUGGAGUCUACAAAAUGCACUGACUUUUUGUUUGUACCCCCGAAAGCCUGAGUUGUUACGUACAAAAUUAAACUAAUUAAUCAAUUUGUAACCAUUUUUUUCACUCACAAACAGCUCAACAUAGAUGAUUUUGUUUUACAUGUGUAUGUAUGGAAAUACAUACAUGUUAAUUUAUAUUAGAGUGAAAAAUAAAUGGUCUGUUUCUUAAAAGUUAGUUUCUAAAGUGAGAUUUCACAGGUGUCUCUGCAGAGUCUUUCUCAGACACUUAAUCAUCACGUAUUGUAUGCGCUGUAACGCCAUAACUUACCUCCGUCUGUUCUUGGAUAUUCUCGCCUCUGCGUUCCAGGGAGGGUAAUGAAGGUAUGCAAGCUCAGAGCUGCUAUGUUUCUCUGGUAGAUCAGGUAAUAAGGUUUGAUUGUUAGAAUUUUGAAAUAGAUGUGAUUUUACCCAUCAGUUUCUGAGUGACGAAGAGCACCAGGUUUUGACUUAAAUAAGGGUUUCACUCUAGGGAUCAGGGAAUAUAGUUAUGAAGAAUUAAAAGUUAAGAAGAAAAGAACAUAAGCUUUUGAAAUGGUAAGUGAAUUAUUUUAAUGAUGUAACAUGAUAUUUUUAAAUGUUGACAUAGUUGUUAUUUAAUGGGAAAAUAACUCAUCGAAAUGACUCCACUUGAAUUGUACUGAUACGUGAGGUGUGUGUGAUUCAAUAUAUACAUAUACCCAUAUGUAUAUACAGAAAAUUAUUUUUAAUAUUUUCCUACUUGUAUGAAACUUAAAAUUGGAAAUUUUGUGAGUUUUUCCUUGUCCAAGAGAGCCUGGUUUUUUCUUUUUUAAAAAAGUGAUUAACAAUUUCUUGAGGGCUGCACCUUUAAAUUCCCAGAGUGUCAUUAGACGUGUACAGAAUAUGGGAUGAGGUGGACACAAGUGCACAUAUAAAUAAAAUCUUAAGACUAUUUUAAACAUUAAUUUACAGUAGGAGAGUGUCUAGAGUCAUCCUUUAAAAGUCAUAAUUAGGUUGUGUGCCUACUGUAGUUUUCUCCAUUUCUGUAUUAUAGAAAUAAAAGUUUUCAUAUUAAAAUUUGAUUUUCCCAGAGACAAGUAUUAUAUAAUGUAUCUGCAUUUAGACCCACCUGUGGUGUAAUGUAUUGGUCGGAAAACAGCGUCGGGGACCGCAGCCUGAGCAUGUGGACUGGAAGUGCCACACGGGAGCGGAGCAGAGGCUGAGCCCCUUGCGUAUGAGCUGUUACAUGAUGACUAUGAAUUCUUGCACAAAAAAGCAACCAAGAAAAGCAAAAAUACAGUUUUUAUUUUGAAGUACAUUUGUUGUUCUCUGGAGAAUGUAUUUUAUCUUUUUUCCUUCAGUCUUUUACAGAUAUUUUUAAAAAGCAUUUACGUGAUGGCAGCAUUUACUUAAAUCUGACAGGUGCUAUUGGAUUUUUACAUUAGUGUGUUCUCUUGUGAAGUCCUAACUUUGACAUAAAAGGUUUUAUAAGUAUUUCCUGGCCUGGAAAAUUAGUUUUUGUUUCUCCUCUUUCUCUCUCUCUCUUCCCCUCUCUCUCUUUCUCUCCCUCUCUCUGUUUUUCUUCUCCCUCACUGCAGAUUUCACAAAGUUCAUGAAGUCACACCUCUGUCCCUGUAGGGGAACUCCGGCACCAUCAUAGAUUUAAUGUGUUGCUGUCAUUGAACUGUUGGGAAGCAGAGAAAAAAGCUUACACUUUUUUUUUCAAGUGGAACUAAAAAAGGAGUGCUCAAAAUUAUGCCACUACCACCUUUUAAAACUCAUUUGUUUGUUAAAGAAUUAAAUUAUUUGUCAAAAUUAAAUUUAUUCUUUGACAUGUGUG